CCGCCGCCGCGGCCGCCGCUGAUGCUGUAGACGCGGUCUCCCCCGCACUCGCCCCGGCCUGGGGAUGCAGGAUGGUUUACGGAGGGACCGCGGGCCGCUGAUUGGUCGCGGGCCGCGGUGACGUCGGCGGGCGCUGCAUUAAGGCGAGGGGGCUUCUAGAGCUCCGCCGACAGCCGGGAGCAGUGGCCGAGCCGCCGGAGCUGGGGAGAGACGCGCCGGGGACAGAGGGACGCUUGUCCAGGGAGAGCCAGCAAGCAACGACACCGCGGCCCGGGGCGGCGACAGCGGCGGCCGGUGCCGAGCUGCUCCGGCCGCGCAGAACUGUCGCCGCUGCGCCAGGACGUUUUUUAAAAAGCGCUCUAAGCUACUCCCCCUCUUUCCGACUCCUCCCGCUGCAAAAGAGGAAAAAAAAGGAAAGAAAGGGGAAAAAAAGAAAGGAAAGAAAGAGGCUAGCAAGGAAACCACGACGAAAAAAAGAGGGGACAAGAAAAAGAAAAAGUCGAGCGACUGCGGGGUUGGACGCCUGCAGCCGGAGCGCGGGCCAGCGAUGCGGGGCUGCGCGCCCAGGCGGCCGCGAAUUGUGACCGGAGCCGCCAUGCCCCGCCGGGCGCGGUGAGGAGCCGGCCCGAAUCGCCUCCCAACGGAGUCCCGGCGCUGGGAGGGCGGUCGGUCCCGAGGACGCGGAGGCCGCCAGGCAGGCCCCGGGCCGAGGUGACGGGGCUGGGGCGGUGGGAAGCUAGCGAGCGAGUGCGCCCGGCUGCAUCCUCCCUUUCUCGAUUGACACAAACACUUCUCCAAAAGAGGAGAAGCCCAAGCAACAGCAGUCAACUACGGGAUCUUCCUCCGGCCCUCCCCUCCUCUGUGCCUCCUCCUCCUCCCUCGGUCUGCCCCCGCCCCUUCCCCCCCGGCCCACCCUGGGCGCCCAGCACGUCCCGACCCCGCUGUGCGAUGCCUGCAGCUUAGGAUCCAAAGCUUCUCUUACUCAUUUUGUUCUUUUUCUUUUAUAUAAAAAAGAGGAGGGGACAUCCCGGUGGCGGCGGGCAGCCGGGCACACGUUACCACCCGCCCUCAGACUCCCGACAAAAGCAGAUGCACUUUGACUUCUGACAGCUCUACCUCAAGCCCGUGAGAACUCGGCGGCGCUCGCUUUCCCUGCAAAAUAGCUCGUCGUCGCGUCGUCGUCCUCUUCUUUCUUCACCGUCCCCCGUUUUAUUUAUUUAAUUCCGUUACCCUCGCCGCCUCGGUGACCUUCACUCCUCGGCGAGUUCCGGGCAGAAGAGUCGCUUUCGCACCCGCCGCCGCCGGAGACUUCUUUCCUCGCCCCGGGAGCUGUGGUGGCGCUGCUGAGCCCCGGGGCCUUGGGACACCUAGGCUGGCGCCCCCGUUUGCCCCGUUUUCCCCUCUUUUGAUUUCCUGGUGCGGAUUUUGGCUUGCACCCCGCCGCCGAGUGUGUCUCCUCUUUUUGGAAGGGUUGGGGAGCUCGUUUCGGUCGUCUUCGGGGAGUCCACCCCUCUCUGCUCUACCUGCUCCUCUCCCUCUGGGCCUCGCCCGACUAAACCAAAGACCAUGGUGCACUGUGCCGGCUGCAAAAGGCCCAUCCUGGACCGCUUCCUCUUGAACGUGCUGGACAGGGCCUGGCACGUCAAGUGCGUCCAAUGCUGCGAAUGUAAAUGCAACCUGACGGAGAAGUGCUUCUCCCGGGAAGGCAAGCUCUACUGCAAGAACGACUUCUUCCGGUGUUUCGGUACAAAAUGCGCGGGCUGCGCGCAGGGCAUCUCCCCUAGCGACCUGGUGCGGAGAGCGCGGAGCAAAGUGUUUCACCUGAACUGCUUCACCUGCAUGAUGUGUAACAAGCAGCUCUCCACCGGCGAGGAGCUCUACAUCAUCGACGAGAACAAGUUCGUCUGCAAAGAGGACUACCUGAGCAACAGCAGCGUCGCCAAAGAGAACAGCCUCCACUCGGCCACCACGGGCAGUGACCCCAGCUUGUCUCCGGACUCCCAAGACCCGUCGCAGGACGACGCCAAGGACUCGGAGAGCGCCAACGUCUCGGACAAGGAAGGGGGCAGCAAUGAGAACGACGAUCAGAACCUGGGCGCCAAGCGGCGGGGGCCGCGCACCACCAUCAAAGCCAAGCAGCUGGAGACGCUGAAGGCCGCCUUCGCUGCCACGCCGAAGCCCACGCGCCACAUCCGCGAGCAGCUGGCUCAGGAGACGGGCCUCAACAUGCGCGUCAUUCAGGUCUGGUUCCAGAACCGCCGCUCCAAGGAACGGAGGAUGAAGCAGCUGAGCGCGCUGGGCGCCCGGCGCCACGCCUUCUUCCGCAGCCCGCGCCGAAUGCGGCCCCUCGUGGACCGCCUGGAGCCCGGCGAGCUCCUCCCCAACGGGCCCUUCUCCUUCUACGGAGAUUACCAGAGCGAGUACUACGGGCCCGGAGGCAACUACGACUUCUUCCCGCAAGGCCCCCCGUCCUCGCAGGCUCAGACACCAGUGGACCUACCUUUCGUGCCGUCGUCUGGGCCGUCCGGGACGCCCCUGGGCGGCUUGGAGCACCCGCUGCCCGGCCACCACCCGUCCAGCGAGGCGCAGCGGUUCACCGACAUCCUGGCGCACCCCCCUGGGGACUCGCCCAGCCCCGAGCCCAGCCUGCCCGGGCCUCUGCACUCCAUGUCGGCCGAGGUCUUCGGGCCAAGCCCGCCCUUCUCAUCGCUGUCGGUCAACGGCGGGGCGAGCUAUGGGAACCACCUGUCUCACCCUCCCGAAAUGAACGAGGCAGCCGUGUGGUAGCGGGGGUCUCCACGGUCCGCGGAGUUCGUGGUUGUACAGAAAUGAACUUUUAUUUAAGAAAAAUAGGGGAAAAUCAUAAAAAUCUAGUCACCUACCACCACCACCACCUUCCUCCAGCCUCGGGGACCAUUUUCCGUCUGGGGAAGGCUGGAUGGGAAAAGGAAACAGGACAAAAGACAAAUCUGCCUGGAGGUGGGACUGGGAUCCGCGAGCUGGCUUGCCCGGUGCAGGACUGAGCUUCAGACCUCUCCUCACCUCCCACCUGGACCGGACUCCGUGGACAGACACCGCGGGCAGGCGAGUGAGUCCGGCCGGUGGGCGGGCGGCACAGGAACGACCUCGGAGGCCACAGGGGCGCACAGCUCAGUGGUGACCCAGGAGGGAGGCUGCGCCCUCAGCCGUCCCUGGGUGCCCCCAGGCCAGCCAGGAGGGCGCUGGCUGUGGGAAACCUAAUAGUGUUGGUCUCAGUUCAGCAACAGCGACAGCAAACUAUGAUAGCUUCAGAAACGACGACCUGCUGUGCAUCAGGUGGGACUAUAUAUAUAUACAUAUAUACAUAUAUUUUGUCUCUCUGGGUUUUUUGUUUUUUUUUGUUUUUGCCAAAAUUGCAAAAUUCUAAAUGUAAAGCCCUCAGUAUCAACUCUUCUACCUUCACAAAGCUCUACACACCUACACCCACAGACACACUGGAUAGGACGGUCUCCAGCCAGACCUCUCAGUAAGAUGACUUGAACAUCAUCUGUGCAAGAAAAGUAUUCUACUUUCAGUCACACACACAGACACACACACACAGACACACACACACACAGAGUUUUAAAAAAGACGAGAACUAAAAACAGUCAACUGUUUACGUAUAAUGUUAAAUUCAGGAGUUCAGUGUUUUACUAAUACAUCCUAUUUUGAAACCUCUUGUUCAAAAACAAAACGUUUUGAGCAGUCAACCAAAAUUGUUCAUUUUCUUUUCCUGUAGAUGUUCUGACAGAUUUGCAGGGCUCACAGCUCACUGUGCUAGUAUGUAAAAAGGUGUUGUUUACACAAGGCAAAAAAGAAAACACGAUAUUCAGACACUUGCCAAAUAGAAUAAUUAUAGCACAAAUACUGUAAAGGUGCCUGGCACCACAACCUGAGAAAGUGUUAAAAAAAAAAAAAAGUGUUACAAGGUUUAAGAAAGAAACAUCUUUGCUAAUUUUUAGUCCUGUUGAACAUUCAUGGAAUUGUUAAUAUGACUUAUAUAGACCCACACAGGUUUUAUUUUUGUGUCUUUAAAAAUAAAAGUCCAAAAUAUUUAAAUUUUAUGGUCAAAUAUGCAGUCAGCAGCUGCUACUUUUUUCUUUAUAUAUUAAAUUUCUCAUAUGUCUUUUAUUGUUCUGAUAAACCUAAGCUUGUGUGACCUCCAGUGCAUAUUAGACCAUUCACUGUAUGAAAGAAAACAUGUUGAAUAAAUUUGUGAGUUUUUAAUAAAAAUAGAAAAUCUGAUGUUUAGAUAA